AUGACGACAAGCUGUCGACAUCCCAUCCGCCACAUCACGGUGUCCUCAUUUUCACUCUGGUUUUCUCACAUCAUCAUCUUCUUCGUCACCUUUCACAAUCAGGCCGUACCACUGCCGCCGCAGGAUGCUGCCACCGCAUCCCCCGCAGUGACCACGGAGUACACGGAGUUCGCCACAGUACUAUACGGCACGGAGGAGGCGCUGACGGAGCUGCAAGGCACGACCUGGGAGGACGGCACGAGGCCGGCCAGCUGGCAGGCCGGCGGUGGGGACGGUUCCUUAUUCAACUUCUUCAACAUGGCUAAUUUUAGCUUGGAGAACUACCUGUGUGACUUCACGUACCGGGAACUCACCUCGGAGCUUCGACAAACAGGUGCCAAGUUCUGUAACGUCUCGCACGAUGGUAUUCUGUGUUGGCCGCCGACGACCGUAGGGCACAACGCGAGCAUUCCUUGCCCCUUUUUCAACUCCUCUUCUGUCAGAGCCCACAGACUGUGCACGGAGACGGGCAAGUGGGCCAAGUGGACGGACUAUGGUGAAUGUCUCAGGACUUACAGUCCUCCAACCAUUCCAGUCCCUCUGUUCACCAAUCAGGCCAUGCCCUAUGUCUGGCUGUUUGGCUGCGUCCUGUCCCUCAUCUUCCUUGUCAUCACGCUCUUCAUCUUCUGCUACUUCAAGUCCCUACAGUGCACGCGUAUCAACAUCCACAAGAACCUGGCCGUGUCCUUCAUACUGAAGUACAUCUGCAUGAUCGUCAUGCUGCAGCCCUUACUGACCGGACCUAACUCCAUGGAUGAAUAUUACGUGGGCGAGAGUGGUGAGCCCUACCCCAAGACAAAGGACACCUCGGAACACGCGGUUGCCCUGUGUCGUCUGCUCAAGGUCCUCCUGGAGUAUUUCUCAAUGGCCAACAUCUUCUGGAUGUUCGUGGAGGGACUGUUUCUGACCACUCGCAUCGCCGUUGCCGUCUUCAGCAACGAGUCCAACUUCAAGUUGUACUUCUUCAUUGGAUGGGGCUCACCAUUGUUCUUUACCAACGGCUGGGUGGUUCUGAUGGUAAUCUUCGACCCCAGUCCCUGUUGGGAUGACUACCACACUCUACCCUACAUAUGGCUGAUACGCGUACCCAUGAUCGUCGCCAUCUUGGUGAAUUCUUUCUUCUUGAUCAAUAUCAUCAGAAUCCUGGUCACCAAACUCCGAGCUAGUGUCACGGUCGAGACAGCGCAGAUGAGGAAAUCUGUCAAAGCGGUGGCUGUGCUCUUUCCGUUGCUCGGCCUGACCUAUCUAAUUUACAUAUGGGAAGUGCCGAGUGAGGGCGGUGUUUCCGAGAAGAUGUACCACACCGUGAAUGCCGUGCUGCAGUCUGGACAGGGCGUAUUCGUUGCUGUUAUUUAUUGCUUCAUGAACCAGGAGGUUCAGAUGGCCAUCCGGCGGCGGAUCGCGAAGAGCCGGUACAAGUUCGGCAGCUCCAGUCGCCGGCGGACCCACACCAACGGCUCCUGCGUCAUGGCGACGUCUGAGGUCGUGACCUUCCGCAAGAACGUCCAGGGCUCCACGUCCAUCGACCAGCUGUCCCAAGAGAUGAAGCCCUUCACGGAGAGCGUCGAGCGCUGAGGGCGCCCUUUUAAAGUAUGGAGCUCGCCGCUGGGGCGUCCUUCGCUGAGGGCGCCCUUCGCAGAGGGCGCCCUUCAACAUGGCUACCGUGUAAGCCUACUCGCACAUUCCAAGGCAGCUGUUAUGACUAUCACUAUAGAAGCUCUGAAACAUGGUUGCAGAGACAUGUUGCACAGACGGAGUAACAGACACAAUUAUUCCCACGAUCUGUAGGCCUAAAUCUGGUCUUUUGGGGCACUUAAUUCAUUGCUUGUUACUCCUAUCUCAAAAUUGAAAAUGUUAGGCCCUAUUGCUUGUUUGAAACUUUUAUUGAAGUUAUAUAGGCCUACACCUUAAUUGUUUGUGAUAGGCUUGGUGUGGGCAUUGUUGUGAAAAGCCUCGAAGUCUGUGCAUACGAUCGAGCCUUACCUUAACUUGUAAAACCUUUUCCCAGUGUUUUUCCUUGGAGAAAUUAACGAGUCGCUCGUGUGUAAAUUGCACAUUUCAAAGAAGAUAUCAGGCCUAGCCAUUGCAUGCGGCAUGUGUGCCUCUUCAAUUAAAUAGGUUUAUUCACAAUAUAAAUAAGAUCAAAAUACACACCAUUUUGUGUUUUAUAUGUAAAUUAAUUGAAAGCUUAUCUUGAAAACUAAAAGCAUACUAAAUCGAUCUUUGUGAGCCGGGUGAGACAAAAUAGCGCCCUCUCGCGAUACGAAAGUACAUGAUUUCCUUGUACACGUGACCGUUUAUUGAACCUUUGUUCAACCACUCACAACUGGCUGAUUCCAAUUUAUAUUUUUAUCUUGAAACGAAGGGAUUGAUUAGUGGUAUUUUAUCGAGACAUUUAAAAUUGAGUCAGUUUUAUUAUCGUGUCUCGAAUGGCAAGUACUGUCCAAGAACAAGUGUUCAUAAUGUAAACAUUUAUACGCAUUUAACUUAUAUUUAAAGACAUUUAUUCAUUGAUUUCUUUUACUUCAUUUGUCACGAUUUAUUGUAAAAACACGAAGAGCACACUAUGAAAAUAUUCUAAACAUAUGUACAUUAUCAACAGGCACAAUUAAGGUAAUUCAAUCUGUACAUAGAAGUACAUACGGCGCGCGUCUAUUGUGUAAAUUAUGUAAAUGAUAUCAUAACCUAUCAACUUCAGUGCUGUAUAGUUUGUAUUGUCUGAUUUGAAGUACACGAAGAGAUGUACAAAGAUAUGACAGGGGUACCUUCAUUGGCUGAAUAA